AUGCCUUCCGGCUUGUUACACUCCCGCCACGGGAGCGUGGACGAGUCGGUCGCGCAAUCCGAGCCAUCUCAACACCAGCACGUAGCAACGGCCCAGACCUUCGCACACACCGUCCUGAAGCACGCCCAGAAGACGCAUCGAGAUUCGCUGUACCCGGGCCAGAACUACCAGCGACUGGCGGAGUUCCUAAGUCGUCCGUACGAGUCGCUCGCGGCCGGCAAUCGUUCCUUCGCCGCAACGGGGAACGAAAACGUUUUCGUGACGGGGCCGCAAGAUGAUGAAGACGGGGCGUUUCUCACCACGUACUAUUAUUCUCCAUCGGGAGUACCCACUGUCGGUCGGUUCGCUGCACAUCGGGAUGGGUGGGAGGCGUUCGAGCAGCGCCAUGAAGUUGUUGGAUCGGGGUGUGCGCAGUUGUUGUUCAUGCGAGGUCUGGCACCCCCCGAGUGGCUGAACACCAUCGGAUCAACAUACCGCGUGGAUCCAGAGUAUAUUCGCCAGCAUCUGAGGUUCUUGCAGCCGUACGAACAAUUCGAUAUCCCGGGUCUCCCCACAAUCUUCACAAACUGCGUUCGUCUUCCUCUCAUGACGAAUGGGAUCCGGGAUGGAGGCGAGCAUCAGGAACAGCUCGGUGGGGCGGACAUGGUGCAAGAUCGAAAGGACACAAGUAUGAGAAUCAAUAUGCACCUGCAGAACCUCGACAAGAACGAUCGCGGCGGACAGUCGAUCGUGCGGAAGCUGAUGCUGCAUAACAAGCGGUACUUUUCUCUGGAGCAAGAGGUUUCCAUCUGUGUUGUGCGGAAGCGUGGAGGGUGGGUUGCCGUCAUCUGGCUCGACUGCGGGACUGAGAAGCUCGACAGCCAACUGUGCCAGUGGCUGAAGGUGUCGGAACUCUCCCAUCUCGCGAGGUACAACCUGCUUCCCGUGUUCCAGUUCCGGGAGAAAAUGGCCAUGAAACGCGAAGAUCGUAUCGGUACCGCACGACGUCCUAGCCAGCCGUCCUCGGUGUACAGCGCAGGUGUAGCGUCUGCCCAAAGCGCGAUGCUGCUGCCAGACAUGUACGGCCAGACACUAGACCAAGCGAUCAUCCGCGUCGACGCCUUCUACGCCCUCUCCGAGAUCUUCGCAUUCUCAGCCUUCUCCGAGAACCAAUUCCUCAACCUCCUCGCUUCGACCAUCGAACAAGAACGCAACCUCCCGAUCCGCAAGAUGCAGGCGUCCCUGGCCAAUCUCCAGGUCUUCAAAGAUGUCCUAGAGGCACAUAUCGAGAAGCAAAAGGCCCUCGUCACGCUUAUCGAAUCCAGGGCACGCUUGAAGUGGCCCCAGGCCACAGACCCGACCCAGUCGGCGACCGUGGAUGCCGUCGCGGACGACUUGCUGGAGAAUUUCAAGCAUUUGAAAACGCGAGCCGAGAAUCUGCGUGCGCAGUGCGUGGAUAUGAGCAACCUGACGAUCAACCAAGCGAUGCUGGAGGAAGCGCAAAGGGGACUGCGGCAAGGGGCUGCGCUUUCGAGGCUUACCUUGUUGGCGUUUUUCUUCGUGCCGUUGUCGUUCACGACAUCUUUUUUCGGGAUGAACUUCAUGGAGCUCGUGAGUGAUAACGGUCCGAGGCUGGGCAUUUAUGUGUGGUUUGCAGUUUCCGUUCCGAUCUUUGCGGGCUCGUUGGCGGUUUUGUUUUGGGAACAACUCCUGGGGGUUUAUCAGAAAUGGCUUGAAUGCUUCGUGUAG